AACAGGAUACUACACACUUACGACUAGCCAAGCAUUAUCGUGGGAGUGGCGACUCGUACACAGAGCGAGACAAACAAAACGUCAAACUGGUUUCCUCCUCAAGAUCAAGUGGCACAUGACACGUUACCUGUAGACGUUUGUGCAAUGCGGAUGUUUUUCCUGACUAAACCGUGGAAGACGUGAAAAGCAUAGGACAAUCAUUACAUCUGCGCGCUGGUUGGAAAGUUGGCUAUCGCAGCAGGUGCAGCCACCAAACCGCAUAACAAGUCCAACAUCCAAACCACAGAAUGAUCGCCACACCUCCUCACUCCCCUCGUCUACCAGGCUCCCCGUCAUAUCUGGGAGGCCGCUGCGUCCCCUGUCCGGCCCCCCCACCCUCCUCCCCUUGCCCCUCGCCUCCCUCCUCUCCCUCCUCUGGAGGGGUGACACUACGUCGGACCCCCCCCUCCUGUCUCACACACACUCUGGACCACCUCCGCAGGCACAGCUGGCAGCCUGGAGCCUUGAUGUAUGGCUGCCCCCCGCAGUACCAGAAGCGCAGUGUGAGUCUGGAGGGUUUUGACCCAGAAGAGAUGGAGCGGGUGCUCCUUGGAGCCCUGGAGGGGUCCAGCAGAGGGGGGCGGGACCCUCGCCGAGCCCCCAUCACCUCCUUUGGCCAGGAGCUGGGCUCCCUGCUGUCACUCACGGAGGAGGAGGCGGGCUACCAGACCCAGGUCUUCUCCCCAUUGGAGGAGCAGUCGUCUCAGCUGCAGGGCUUCAGUGCCUCUGCUCCCUCCCUGUGUGCCAGUCCCAGUCUGCGCCAGCUACCCAACCUCCACCCUCCGACACCUCACACACACCCCUACACACACUCACAAAACCACCAGCAUCAUCAUCAGCCUUGCCAUCGCUCCUACUCAAACUCCAAUUCCAUCUCCCAACGCCACUACCAAGAGUCUUCCCUGGGCUCUGUAUUUGGGGGUUCCACACCUAGUGUGGAUGCGGAGCUUGGUGAGCUGUGGGGGCAAGAAGAGAGGCAGCGGCUGGACGAAGAGAGAGAGAGGCGGAGGGAGGAGAGAAGGACGGAGGGACUGAGGGGUGCUCCCCCCGGGGAGGAGAGGGGGGAGAAGACGGGAAGCCCUCUGGGACGCACCUUCAGCUUCCUGCGCAAGAUGGCCGGCCAGCGCAAGAACAAAGAGAAGGAGCGGAUGAAGGAGAGGGAGAAGGAGGCGCGGGAGCGGGAGGCGCGCUACAGCAACGGACACCUCUUCACUUCCCUCACCGUGUCUGCCACCACCCUCUGUUCCGCCUGCAACAAGAGCAUCACCGCUAAAGAGGCCCUCAGCUGCCCCACCUGCAACGUCACCAUCCACAACCGCUGUCGAGACACACUGGCCAACUGUGCCAAGAUGAAACAAAAGCAACAGAAGCUAGCCCUGGUGAGGAACAGCUCCGCGCUGCAGAACGUAGCUCUGAGGACCAAAACCCCUAUGAUGAAGGAGCGGCCCAGCUCAGCCAUCUAUCCGUCCGACAGUCUCCGUCAGUCCCUGCUGGGCGCCCGCCGUGUCCGCUCUGGCCUCUCCCUCUCCAAGAGUGUCUCCACACAAAACCUCGCAGGGAAUCUGAAUGACGACUCACCGUUGGGGCUGCGGAGGAUCCUGUCUCAGUCCACAGACUCCCUGAACUUCAGAAACAGAGCCAUGUCCAUGGAGUCCCUCAACGACGAGGGGGAGGUGUACUAUGCUGCCAUGUUGGAGGAGCUGGAGAGGGAGGGGAAGGACUUUGAGGCUGACUCUUGGAGCCGGGCCGUAGACCCCUCCUACCUGCAGACGCACCGCAAAGACAUCAUCAAGAGGCAGGAUGUCAUCUAUGAGCUGAUCCAGACAGAGUUCCACCACGUGAGGACCCUGCGGAUCAUGGAGGGGGUGUUCCGGCAGGGCAUGCUGGACGAGGUGCUGCUGGAGCCGGGCGUGGCGCACGCCGUCUUCCCCUGUCUGGAGCAGCUGAUGGCGCUACACACACGUUUCCUUUCCCAGCUUAUGACACGACGCACACACAGCCUGGCCCCCGGGAGCACUACUAACUUUACUAUCAACCAGCUGGGAGAUAUACUCACUGAACAGUUCUCAGGUCAGUGUGCAGAUGAGAUGAGGAAAGCCUAUGCUGAGUUUUGCAGCCGCCACCCCAAAGCUGUGAAACUGUACAAGGAACUGCUGGCCAGAGACAAGAGGUUUCAGCACUUCAUACGGAGGGUAAGCCGGGGGCCCCUGCUGCGUCGCCAUGGCAUCCAGGAGUGCAUCCUGCUGGUGACUCAACGCAUCACCAAAUACCCUGUCCUCAUCCAGCGCAUCCUGGACAACACCAAGGGCAGUGAAGAGGAGGCCCAGUCCCUAGCCCAGUCCCUGUCUCUGAUCCGGGACUUGUUGAGCUCUGUGGACCAGCAGGUGGCAGAGCUGGAGCGGACCCAGAGGCUCCAGGAGAUCAGGGCCAGAUUGGAUCCCCGGGCCCAGGCGGAGGUCAGGGGAGGAGGGGUGUUCAGGGGAGGGGAGCUGCUCCGCAGGACGCUCCUCCACGAGGGCACGCUUCUGUGGAAGACGCAAGGAUCCAGACUCAAAGACGUGCAGGUCCUGCUGAUGACAGACAUCCUGGUGUUCAUGCAGGAGAAAGACCAGAAGUAUUUCUUCCCCUGCAUAGACAAGCCUGCAGUGUUGUCUCUGAAGAACCUGAUCGUGAGGGACAUAGCCAAUCAGGAGCGAGGGAUGUUCCUGAUCAGUGACUCCACCCCCCCAGAGAUGUACGAGCUGCACGGCGCCUCACGAGACGACAGGAACAACUGGAUGAGACUCAUACAGCAGACAGUCAGCAGCUGUCCGUCCAGAGAGGACUUCCCCCUGAUAGAGACAGAGGACAAGGCCUUACUGCGGCGACUCAGAGCUGACAUCCAGCAGAAGGACAGAGAGGUGCUGGAGCUCCUCCAGGAGAGAGUGACUCUGUUCUCUGACCUGGCUGAGGUCACCGGUGGGGGUCAGGAGGUCACGCCCCCCACCAACUCUAGGAACAUCUUCCGGGCCGACACCCCCUACGCACCCCAGGCGGAAUACCUACUCACCGACGCCAUCUCAGAGGUUGACAGGCUGAGUGAGUUGCUGCUGGGCUCCAACAUAGAGCUUCCCAAGUCCAACGGUACCAAUGAUGACCAGAACCACAAAGGGGCGCCAGUGAGCAAUGGAGAUUCGAUCUCCGUCAACGGAACUCAUGAAAUAAAAGGAAGUCCAGCGUCCAAGGACAGAAAUGGUAACCAGCUACAGGACAGACCCCUAAAUGAGGAGGUGUGUCAGAGGCUUGUGAACCUCAGUGCUCAUCUCCACUCUCUACAGGCCGCCGUCAUUCACCAGGACUCUGUCCUCGAGCUCCGCCUCCGUGAGGGCACAGGCCCUGCCUCUUCAGGUUCCUCCACUCCCACCCCCACUCCUCCAAACUCCUUCCCCAGGCUGUGCCGUUCCAUGUCACGUGACACAGGUCUGGAUGCGGGCACGGUGGCAGCCAUGGGGGAGAUGGCCAUGCUCCAGAAGCAGCAUGAUCUGCUGCAGGAGGAGGUGGGGAGGCUGCACCCCCUGGAGGCCAGGCUGAGGGAGAGCGAGAGGGCCAGGGCUCAGCUGGAGCAGCAGAUCAGGGACAAUAAGGGCAGGAGGGGCAGGAGGGGCAGGAGAGGCAGCAGAGGCAGCAACGAAGACAUCGUGGUGGAUGAUACAGCCUUAGAGCAGGCUCCUGCUAAAAAAAGAGGAAGUGGUGAUGGCGAGCCCAGCCCUGUUGCCCCAUUGGCCUGUCAGGAACAAGUGGACCAAUUGGACGGCGUACAGGAAGGCAGUGAGGAGGAGUCGGAGGAAGAGGAAGAGGCGGAUGUAGUGAAGGUUUCACCACGCUCUGACAGUCCAAGAGAUCUCCAGGAUAUCCCGGAGGAGAGCGAGUGCGGACCGGAAGCGCAGGAAUCCAAAGGCUGAUUCCGAGACUAUUCUGAGUUAACAUUGACCUCAAACUGGAUACGCAAACCAGAAAACAGGACUUGAGAGCUGGACCAACAUAUUCUCAACCUCCAACCAACCAGACCUGAUAGAACUUAUCUUCAGUGAUUCCAUCUAUUCGUCUUUCUUUGGCAUAGAAAGCCUACCCAGGAAUUGUGUAUUGUAUCAUGGUAUAAGUUAGUUCGGAGAUGUUAUAUGUUUUUCUAAUGUUAUGUUAAAAGCUUCAUCCUCGGGAUUGAAUCCCUUUUUCCAAUCCCACUCUUCGUUUCUUCUUUCCCUUUUCAAAACAAGGAUAACUAAUAAGAGAGAGGGAUUAGGGGUGAAGAGGAGGAGCCGGUUCGUAACAACAAUGGAAUUCUAAUGGUGGACUGUAGAUCUAUAGGUGUCUGCUGAUACCAGUAGGAACUAUUCUGUACUGUAACUGCCUGUCAUUGUUGUACAUUUAGUGUCACCUCUCUACAGACCUGGUUUGUCUGUGAUGGUGGAGCUUACUGAUUCGAAACUGAAUUUAGACCAGUAAAGGAGGGCGGGACAGGAAAAAGGAGGGUAUACAUAUACUGUAUAUCAUUGUUAAAAAAAUGUGUGGGUAUUAAUCAACUCUCACCCCCACUCCUUCUUGAACACAAACACUUGAAAACUCUUGUGCUUUUUAUAAACCAAAUUGUUUCUUUUUUCUAGGAAGACAACAGUAGUGAGCCACCAUGAGGGGUUUUAUACUGAAUAUUUUAUACAAAUGGGGAGGGGGGGUUACAAUGAACUGUUCUGACUUUUGGAGGAUACACACAGAAGGAGCAUACUGAACCAAAAAACAACAUCAUUGAUAUAUUAAUUAGGAUAAAGAAUUGCAUCCUUAGAAUAAGGUUUGACUAAUCUGACUGACUGUACCUGGAAUAUUUUCUCCUCUUUUAUAAUCUACAGUUGUAUGUUUCAUACAUGAACUACUAAAUUGAACUACUAAAACGUGGUUUACACUGUACUUAAUCGUGAGUUCAGAUUUGCAGGUGGAAUUGACUUUGAUCGUCUCUAAUGUAUUUGACCCUUAUGGUUUUUAGGAUGAUAAACUGUUGCUACCAGCCAACUCCACCAGCAACACUGACACCAACCAAAACCUCCUUUAACAAAAAGUCAACAUUUUUCAGACUGUCUUUGAGCUCACCCCUUGACCAUGAAGCGACUGUAUUAUGUAGGAAUGUAAAUUAUUUGACUGGAUUCAAAGGGUGUUUCCUUGUUUGAACUACAUAAAAAAUACAUUUUUUUCCCUUUAUAUGUUACAUAUAUUCUAUAAGAAGUAUUUGUCUGUAUAAAUAUUUGAUCUGUUCUGAAAAAAGAAAAUGACUUUUUAACGUUAAUGUUGUAAUUUUGUCUUUUUAUUAUUUUUAUUUGACUUAUAAUUAUUUUAAUUUUGUGUGCGGUUUAUAAAUCUUACAGAAAUCUA